GGCUCAAAGCGCGUGCCAGAUACGCUUAUGUGUUGAUGGUCAUGAGAUGUCCUGAGACCAGAGGUGCUGUGGCUAAGAGCAGCAAAGGGGCUCUCUGGACAAUGAAACUUUUGCCAGCGCGUGAUAGACAUCCACCUCAAGACGGAGAUCAAGAGCCACCAGAAGCCGUUCUACGCGUGCUGUCCUGGAGACUCAACGCUCACCGCCGGCCGGCUUCUUCCAUGGUAUAGCCGUUGACGUGGCUGGGUGGAGCGCGUGAGCCAGCUGCACCAGUAUCCACCAACCCAAGCAAAUAUGCGUUUCUGGCCCAAAGACCACCCCGAUGAGAUAGAAAUCGGUGAUGGCACUGACUAUCCUCCACCAUUCAGGCCUGAGAAUGCACCUGGCGCUUACGUCCCACCGGCGCAGAUCACCAAAGAACAAUCAACGAGCUCAAGAGAUGGUAACAAGAUCAAGCGUAGAGGUUGGUUGAAGAGGACGUUAGGUCUGGGAAAUGUUACAUCUCCACCUCCACCGCCGGGCUCGCACGAUCCUCAAGCAGAGGCACUGCAGAAGCUGAAACUGGAGGCUAAAAAGGCUCCUAAAGUCAAGCCCUCGGGACGCUUCUUUGACAACCAAGGCAAAGAGAUCUCCGGAGAGCCUGCACUGUGUCGUGCAGUAGCCACGCCCAAGUCUGAUCAGAGUAGCACUGCGUCUCGUCCGGCUAGAGCAGAACCAAGAACGAUGCACUGGACAGCUGCACUAGGAGUCGGUGGGCCCGGUGCUGGCUUUAACUCUCCCAAUCCAUCAGGCACGCCUGGUGAGGCCGGUCGCCGCCGUGGUGCUGGAACCAGAGGUGGCUAUCAAAGAGGUGGAUGAUGCUCAGAUGUGUUUAUGAAGGCGCCGUCGUGCGGAAUGACUUACGCACGAAAGCCACAUGCUUUCAGAGCGUCGUCUCCGUGCUGGAGAAUCUAGUGCUGUCGGUAGUGGAGAGAGUUGCGUUAUGCUGGUCUUCAGAGACUUGUC